UUCGUGUAGAAUGAACGUAUUUUGAUAGUUACAUUUUUUAUACUUUAUAAUUUUUAUAUGGUUAUUUUAGGAAGGUAAAAUUUUACCAAACUUAAUUUUAGAUACAAAAUUUAUAGUAAAAGUAUCAAGAUGAGGGAAAUCGUCCAUAUCCAGGCUGGACAAUGCGGAAAUCAAAUCGGCGCUAAAUUUUGGGAGGUAAUCUCUGACGAGCACGGCAUCGAUCCCACGGGCGCGUACCAAGGGGACUCUGACCUGCAGCUGGAGCGUAUCAACGUGUACUACAAUGAAGCGACGGGCGGCAAGUACGUACCGCGUGCCGUGCUGGUCGACUUGGAGCCCGGCACCAUGGACUCCGUGCGCUCCGGACCCUUCGGGCAAAUUUUCCGGCCGGACAACUUCGUAUUCGGACAAUCCGGAGCCGGUAACAAUUGGGCCAAGGGUCACUACACCGAGGGGGCGGAGCUGGUGGACUCCGUGCUAGACGUGGUGCGUAAGGAGGCGGAGAGCUGCGACUGCCUUCAAGGAUUCCAGCUGACGCACUCGCUUGGCGGCGGCACGGGCUCUGGGAUGGGCACACUGCUCAUAUCAAAAAUAAGAGAGGAGUAUCCGGACCGCAUAAUGAACACGUUCUCGGUGGUUCCCAGCCCGAAAGUGUCGGACACAGUGGUGGAGCCGUACAAUGCCACGUUGUCUGUUCACCAGCUGGUGGAGAACACUGACGAGACAUUCUGCAUAGACAACGAAGCGCUGUACGACAUUUGCUUCCGCACACUGAAGUUAACGACUCCCACCUAUGGCGAUCUCAACCACCUGGUGUCGGCGACCAUGUCUGGUGUGACGACGUGCCUACGGUUUCCGGGUCAGCUGAAUGCGGACUUGCGCAAGUUGGCCGUCAACAUGGUGCCAUUCCCGCGGCUGCACUUCUUCAUGCCAGGCUUCGCGCCGCUUACAUCGCGCGGUAGCCAGCAGUACCGCGCCCUGAGUGUGCCCGAGCUCACGCAGCAGAUGUUCGACUCCAAGAACAUGAUGGCGGCAUGCGACCCGCGUCGCGGCCGCUAUCUCACCGUGGCUGCCGUCUUCCGCGGCCGCAUGUCCAUGAAGGAGGUGGACGAGCAGAUGCUCAACAUACAAAAUAAAAACAGCAGCUACUUCGUCGAAUGGAUACCUAACAACGUCAAGACCGCCGUUUGUGAUAUUCCACCUCGAGGCUUAAAGAUGUCUGCGACUUUCAUCGGAAACACGACGGCUAUACAGGAACUGUUCAAGAGGAUAUCGGAGCAGUUCACCGCCAUGUUUAGAAGGAAAGCUUUCCUGCACUGGUACACGGGCGAGGGCAUGGACGAGAUGGAGUUCACAGAAGCGGAGAGCAACAUGAACGACUUGGUGUCGGAGUACCAGCAGUACCAGGACGCGACGGCGGACGACGAGGGCGAGUUCGACGAAGAAGUUGAAGAAUAAUUGUUUGUCUUGUCCAAUGUUUUGUGCAUUCCACGUAAAUGUCUUGUCCAUGUUUUAUGCGCUUUGUUAAAUGUUUUGUGCGGUGUUUAGUGUUAGGCGUAACCUAUAUGUAU